UUGCCAAAGUUUUCUCACCAUUAAAGCUCUCUCUCUCCAUCUCUCUGUAUAUAACUUGCUUUAACAAUUCAAGCCUCACUUUCUCUCUCUAAACCAUGACCCCCUCUCUUCACUCGACUUCUCGUCGCCCAAAACCCAGAAACCCACCCAACACAAACCACCACUCCCCUCCCUCUCUCUGCAAACACUCCGCGUCUGCAACUCUCCUCGACAUUCUAAUCCUCGUCCCUCUCCUAACCUCUCUUUUCUUUCUCAUUCCCCCUUGUUUUUCUUUCCUCAUCCAAAUCAUCUCUCUCUCACUGCCGUUCCUCACCAACAAUGCCCACCUCUACUACCCAUUUGCUUAUUCUCUCUCCUUUCUUUCUCUCCUCUUUGCUUUGCUGGGUCUCUCCCAAUUGUGCCACCGUCAUUCUCGAAAAUGCGGAAAACCCAAUUGCAGGGGACUCAAAAAAUCCAUGGGAUUUGAUUUACUGUUGCAGAGUGAAGAAAAAUUGAAGCUUUCUUCGAGGAUAGAUGAUUUGCCAUUGAAGGGUGGGGUUGAGCUUAGGGCUGAGUAUGAGUUUUUGCAAUUUGAGCUCAAGAAAAUGGCGCCUCCUAAUGGAAAAGCUGUGUUGCUUUUCAGGGCUCCUUGUGGUUGCCCUGUUUCGAAGUUGGAGGCUUUGGGACCAAAGGGAAGCCGAAGGUCAUGAACUCAUUGUUCUUAACCACACUUUGCAAUAAAACCACGCCAUGGUAUACUACCCAACAUGGUUCUAGUCAUGUUUUUUUGAUCCAUUAUAGCCAAUAUUUUUCAAUAAAACAAAACCAUAAUUACCUUAUUUUCCAUUUCUUCCAUAUCGCUCAGGAUAAUUGUUUAUGAGAUUGUUGUAAUCAUUAAUAUUGGUUGUGGUGAUGUGUUUUUCAUCAGAAAGUGAAGCAUUUAUUCUUAAAUAAUUUGUUCUAAGGUGAUCUUGAACUCCAAUAAU